AUGAUGUUGAGUAAUAAUGAGUUACUCGUGUAUUUGUUUCAAGACUUGUUCAUUUAUUGGGAUGUUGAAGCUACUCCUACUUUCUUGGGAUGGUCGACGAUUGGACAUGCUUGUCGACUCCAACAAGCCAAUAUUACAAAAGAAGAGAAACACUAUCGUAGACUCGGGAUCCUUUAUGACGAGUUGUGGUGGCUCCCAACAUCUAUGAGAGCCUACUAUGGGCGGUUCUCGAUGCCUGUGAGAGCCUAUAGAACAUUGUCUUAA